AUGUGGCAGUGGGUGUUCAGGCUGGCUGCCCUCCUUCUCCUCUUGCUCCGCAGACAGGGUGCUGAAGCCUGCAGUACCAUCGGAUGCUGUUUUCAGAACCCACCAUACCCAGAUGCAGACUCAGGCUCAGCUUCAGGCCCCCGGGACCUGAGCUGUUACCGGGUAUUCAGCAGCGCUGGUUAUGAAUGUUCCUGGGAGUACGAGGGCCCUGCAGCUGGAGUCAGCCACUUCCUCAGAUGCUGCCUCAAGUCAGGCCGCUGCUGCUACUUCGCCACAGGCUCGGCCACCAAGCUGCAGUUCUCCGACCAGGAUGGCAUAUCCGUGCUCCACAAUGUCACUCUCUGGGUGGAAUCCCGGGCCGCCAAUCGGACAGAGAAGUCCCCCAACGUUACCCUGAACCUAUACAGAUCAGUUAAAUAUGACCCUCCCCCAGGAAACAUCAAGGUGUCCAAGUCGUCAGGGAAGCUGCGUAUGGAGUGGGAGACCCCAGCCCGGCAGGAUGGUGCCGAGGUGCAGUUCCGGCACCGCGUACCUGGCAGCCCGUGGAAGCUGGGUGACUGUGGACGUCAGGAUGAUGCUGGCUUUGAAUCAUGCCUCUGCCCCUUGGAGAUAGACAUGGCCCAGGAAUUCCAGCUGCGGCGGCGUAUGGGGCCAGGGGUCCCCGGAGGUCCCUGGAGCAGUUGGAGCAGCCCUGUGUGCAUCCCCCCUGAAACCCCUCCACAGGCUGUGAUGAACUUCUCAAUAGAGAAUCUUCGCCCAGAUGGGAGGAGGCAGGUGACCUUGCAUGAGCAGCUGCCCCAACUGGAGCUUCCGGAAGGCUGCCUUGGGCCUGACUCUGGCCUGGAGGUGACCUACCACGUCCACCUGCACAUGCUGUCCUGCCCAUGUAAGACCAAGGCCAAGAGGACUCUGCGCCUGAAGAAAAAGCUUGUCCUCUCGGGUGCUGCCUAUGAUCUGGCCGUCGUUUCCCGGAAUCGCUUUGGCCUUGGCCCCAACCAGACAUGGCACAUUCCUGCCUGCACCCACUCAGAACCAGGGCUUCUGAAUAUCACGGCCGGAGCCGACGGGACCACCAUACGUUGGCCAGCCCGGGCCCAGGGGAUGAGGUACUGCAUUGAGUGGCAGCUCCAGGGCCAGGAGGAGAACCUUGCCACCUGCAUCGUGACAGCACCCCAGGACCCGGACGCUGCUGGAAUGGCAACUCACAGCUGGAGCCAAGAAUCUGGGGCAUUGGAACAGAAGGCAUGUUACCGCAUCACCAUCUUUGCCUCUGCACACCCAGAGAAGCCAACCUCAUGGUCUACAGUCUUGUCCACCUACCAUUUUGGAGGCAAUGCCUCAGAGGCCGGAAGCCCACAGCACAUGUCGGUGAAGAAACUCAGCCAGGAUUCGGUGUCUGUGGACUGGACACCAUCUCUGCUGAGCACCUGCCCUGGCGUCCUGAAGGAGUAUGUUGUGUACUGCCAGGAAGAGGAGAGCAACCAAGUAUCUGAGCUUCACGUGAAGCCCACAGAGACCCAGGUCACCCUCCAAGGCCUGCGGGCUGGCACGGCUUACCAGGUGCGGGUCCGCGCGGACACGGCCAAGUGGCGGGGCGCCUGGAGCCAGCCCCUGCGUUUCACCAUCGAAGUCCAGGUUUCUGAGUUGUCCGACUUGUCCAUCUUCCUCGCAUCUUUGGGGAGUUUCGUGAGCAUCCUUCUCCUGGGAAUCUUUGGGUACCACGGCUUGAACAGGGCUGUACGGCACCUGUGCCCACCCCUGCCCACACCUGGUGCCAGCACUGCUGUCAAGUUCUCUGGCAGCCAGGGGAAGCAGGUUUGGCAGUGGACCAGCCCAGCAGACUUCCCAGAGGAGGUGUCUCCACAAGAGGCCCUGAUGGUGAAUAUAUCCUGGGAAAAAGGCGAGGGAGCUGACAUGGGCACACUUGGGCCUCUCAAGGAGAAGAUGGAGCUGCCUCUGCGUGCCUCUAAGCCAGCCCUGGACACUUUGCUCUUGAAGGACAGGAAACAGAUGCAAGGAUGUCCUGAGACUGGGGCUUUGGGACCUGGCUGGCAGGACAGUCUGGAGGACAGCUUUGCCCAGGUGGUUAGAUUCCCACUGCUGCUCCUCGGGGACCUACGGCAGACCCCCAGGUUCGGUUCCCAGGGAGAAACAGGAACAUCUGCCUCCUCUUACAGAGAAGAUUGA